AUGGAGAGUAUUAUCUAUGAGGACUCGCCGUUGGCCGAGUAUUUAGAAGGCGAGGGGAGAGGCAGGGCUUCGUCUCCGGAAGCCUCCGUACCGUCAUCACCUACGACCACCAGUUUCGCUCCCCGUGGACCCUCCACCCUACAAUCCCGCAUUCGAGACAAGCUGCCGCAGCCUUUGCGGAUACCGAUUCCCAAGAAUGGGCCUAUUGCGCGGAUACACACCACCUGUUCGCGAGCAGUCAAUUCGCGACUAGGACGAGCAGACAACCAGCGCUUCAUCGAACAUUUCCGCUACCUCAUAGUCGCAUCCCAAUUACUCAGCGAACAUACUGGGCAGAGCAGCUUCAGGACCGUGGCGAUCCCCAACUUUGGCCCAGACAAGCAAUCCCAGGCACCCAACUUCAAGGUUGGCAGUAUCAGCCUUACUGGAGCAGUUGUGACCGGAGCAACAGCUUUUCUGCUGGUAUGGCUACUACAUUGGUCCCGAAGCAGGUCGUCGGGUUUCAGUAAAGGGAGGCUGCUACUCGUAUUCCUGGUGUUUGCCGUGGUUGCAACAAUAUGCUACGCAUAUAUGAGGCGGCACUGGCUUCAAUAUUUGAGACAGCAGGCGGUGGAUGGAGCUUCGAACCUGAUCACCAACCUGCAGGCAUUCGAUGCCUCUACCGCCUCAGCUUUAGCAUUGAUACAGGAAGUGGAACUAGUCUCGCGAGGAUAUCGACUUAGCAGUCCACUCCCCCCAAUCACACGACUCGAGGAGAAAGGACAAACGCGACGGUGUCACCGACUACGUAAAAGUCUCAAGAGUGCAUUCGCAGCAACCAUACCAUUGCUCGCUGAGCAAUGCGCCACUCUACGACAGCUUGUCGAAGAGGAUGACUUGGAGAAAUACCUUGACGUGUAUGAUAUCAACAACCCAGACCUUCAAGAGGCGCAGUUAGGCUACUCAGAGUUGGAAUUCGAAGAUACAGAAACGCUAAAGGCUCUCCGCACAUAUCAAUACCGUCUUGCCACGCUACGACGACUACUGCUCUGUUCGCUCUUGGCGUUAGAAGCAGAUGGUGGGAAGAACGAUUUUGCACGGUGGCGUGUGGCUAUCCAGGCGAUUGAACAAGUUACGAUACCUACCGGAGAGUGGAGCGACAAGAUAAAUCACACCUUAGGCGAGGAAGAGCAGUUCGUGGUCCCUUCCCCACUCAAGAUUCAGUCAAAUCCAGGGCGAGAAAAACUCCGCGCCUCGGUCCGGAAGCUGAGCGGUCUCUCUCAAGGCAUCAGAGGGCUCCAGGCCAAAAUGCAAAUCUUGAGAGAAGAAUCCAACAAGAGCCUAGAAGAGUCAGAAGAUAUCUCAGAACUCGGUGCUAGUCUCAUGGCUCAGUACGAAUCCAUCGGUGCGGAUCUCAAAAGCCUCGUAUCGGCCUGGGAAACUGGUAAAGCCUCACUAGCGCUGAACAUCGACAGGCACGAGCGGCGUGUUUCCCAGGCGUCUUCAGGCGGCAUGCGCUCACCGGUACCGAGCUUAGGUGGUCUCACCGUAGUAGAAGAGGGUACCCCUUCCGAUGCUCUACGGGCUUUGAAUGGCGCAUCACCAGCGCACUCAAGCGCUCCAAGCGUUUCUGGUAGCAACUCCGAUGACGAAAUCUUCGAGGCUAUAGCGAUACCUCGCACACGGAAGACGCUAUCGCGCGAAGAGCGAAUGGUCAAAAUCCACGAAGAUCGUGCGCGGCAGGUCUCGCUAAGAGAGCAGAGAGAGGCGAGCAACAAUAUGAUGAAAGAGUUAGAGUCCGUGAUCAAUCUUCGGCCACAGAGAACCAAUUACUCGGGACGAAUUACUUCUAUUUAA